CUAGGUUUCAACGCUUGUUCAUCAUUCUCUGUCCUAACUUCCACUCCAAGAAAAUCCACUUUGUAAUCGUCUCCCUUGUAAGAGCCUACUAACACAUGCUUCAAACUUUUCCAACUACGAUCAAUGCGUAUUUAACGAUUUUGACUAUCCUUCAACGACAUUCUAUACAGUACUUUAAAGUAAUGAAAUUUCAAAAUCGUAAAGGUUUGCACGGAGAGAUUCUAGACUUGGAGUAAAGCAGAGAGCAGAAGAUGAAGGUGAGUUUCGUGUUUCAUGGGCAGCGUGUUCGAACCACCUGGAACUCAUCACAGUAACAAAUUGUAUUACAGACACCUCCACGCGUCAAGGCCCUAAUGGAUAACGUCAUCGGCCAUCACUAGGUCCAGGAGGUUAAGGGCCGGCCACGUGUCCGGCUAUGUGUCGGCGGGAACCCAAUUCGUAUUUGUGUCGCUCUUCGGUUCCGGACAGUUAAUAAAGAAGGAGACGAAAGCCUCACCAAUCUGAUCAACGUACCCUUCACAAAAGCAAAAGCCAUGGAUUCCAAGAAGCUAGAGCAGUUUUUCUCACCCAGAAGAAAAGUGGUUUCUGGGUUUAGUUUGGGAAUUGGUGCCUCUCUGUUUGUAAUCGCCGUACUAUUUGUCUCUUACUCCUUAAAGAGUCCUACUGUGGAGCAAGGUUUCUAUACUGUAAAUUCCUCUUUUGUUUCAUGGCCUUUCUCGUUUUCAAGCACUGCAAAUUCUGUUACUUCAGAAAUGCAAGACUCUGCGGACUUGAACAAGACCCAAUUGGGGAAUUUCACAGAGGAAGUUAAAGAUGGAAGCUCUGGGGUUGAAGGAGGAAGGGUGGAGCAUAAAGAUGGUGAGUUUGGUUCAAAUGAGGGAGGGGGUGUUUUGGGGAUUUUCCAUUUGGGGAAUUCCUCUGAGAUUUUGAAUAACGGAAGCUUGCAUGUUGAAGGUGGAGGUGGGAAAGAGACAGUUUUGGAGAAGUCCCAGAUGGGGAAUUUUACAGAGGCAGUUAAAGAUGGAAGCUUUGUGGUUGAGGAAGGAAGAGUUCAACAGAAAGAUAAUAACUCAGAUUCAAGAAAUUCCUCUGAGAUUUUGAAAUUUGAGAGCUUGCAUGGUGAAGGUGGGAAGGGAAUUGGGAAUUUAAGCCUUUCUGGGAAAGAAGAUGUGCAUGCAGAGAAAACAGUUGAAGGUAGUUUUUCAAAGAAUUCUAGUAAUGGGGAUGGUAAGGUAACAGAAGAUCAUCAAGGAAAUUCAACACAGAAAAAUGAAAUCAUUGAACUUGAUUCUCAAACUUGGGAAAUGCCUAGUGACUCUGAUAAAAAAUGUGAUAUUUUUGAUGGUAAAUGGGUGAGAGAUGAUUCAAAGCCGUACUAUCCUGGAGGUUCUUGUCCACACGUUGAUAAGGUUUGGAAUUGCCACUCCAAUCGAAGGCCAGACAGUGCUUUCCUAAAAUGGAAAUGGCAGCCAAAUGGGUGUGAUAUCCCAAGUUUGAAUGCAACUGAUUUUCUGGAGAGGUUGAGAGGAAAGAGGUUGGUUUUUGUGGGGGAUUCACUGAAUAGGAACAUGUGGGAGUCUCUUGUGUGCAUUCUCCGUCACAGCGUUCCGCACAAGAAAAAGGUAUAUGAGAUUUCGGGAAAGAAGGAAUUUAAGAAGAAGGGGAUAUAUGCAUUCAGAUUUGAGGAGUACAAUUGUUCCCUGGAUUUUGUGGUUGCUCCAUUCCUUGUUAGGGAGUCAACAUUCACAGGCAAAAACGGUUCGUUUGAGACAUUGAGGUUGGAUUUGAUGGACCGGACUACAACAACGUAUCGUGAUGCUGAUGUUAUAGUUUUUAAUACUGGUCAUUGGUGGACUCAUGAUAAAACUUCUAGAGGAGAAGACUAUUACCAAGAAGGCAACUAUGUGCAUCCAAGGCUCAAGGCUCUUGAAGCAUACAAGAGAGCUCUCACCACUUGGGCGAGAUGGGUGGACAGAUACAUCAAUGCCAACAGGACUCGGGUUUUCUUCAGAGGAUAUUCAGUCACCCAUUUCAGUGGAGGGCAAUGGAACUCAGGUGGACAGUGCCACAAAGAAACAGAACCAAUCUUUAAUGAGACUUAUCUAACGCAUUACCCUUCAAAAAUGAGAGCUCUAGAGAGUGUGCUUAAAGAAAUGAAAACUCCAGUGACAUAUCUUAACAUUAGUAGGCUUACGGAUUAUAGAAAAGACGGACACCCUUCCAUUUACAGAACGAUAUACAAGACAAAGGAAGAACAAAUUACAGCUGAACAAUCUCAGGAUUGCAGUCAUUGGUGCUUGCCUGGGGUUCCGGAUACUUGGAAUGAAUUGUUAUACGCUUUGCUGCUGCAGACCGGAUGGGGAUCAGGGCAAAAAUGAGAGGAACUUUUCUCUUUUUUUAGGUAGCUUACAUGCUGAUUCAGAUGAUGUAUGUAGGGUGCUAGUUAUGCAGAGUGAACACGUAUGUAAAUUUAUGGUUCCAAAGAUAUCAAAAAUACAUUGUCAUUCAGUUUUACUUGCAUUUUUGAAUUGAUAUUAUUGAUUGAUCCUGAUCAGAGUAGCAGAGAUUUCAGUUUUCAAUUUUAUUCUAAAUCCAUAUUCUACUCCAGCAUAAACCAAUUAAUGAAGAAUACAAGGGACAUAACCGACUCAUAAAACACACUACACACAACAAAGAAAAACACACAAAAGACUUGAAACAGAACACAUGGAUGACAGUGUCAUGCCAGGACUAGACUAGAAUAACAUUACAGAAGAGUAAAGACUCAUCACAGAGUGUGAGUCCAUGCCGAUUUGUGACUUGCCGGUUUGCUAAGCACUAGCCAACCCUCUGCUACCUCUGGAUAUGAAGUUGCUGUAGUUAGCAGCAGCCAGUGACUGAGCUCAGACGAACUGUUAAAGUGAGGUUGAGGUAUAACCUCACUCCAUUG